AACAAAACAGUUUUUUUAUUGCAAAGCAAAAAUCCACACAAGGCCGACACUUGCGCAAUUACAAGAGAAAAAAAUCAAACUGCGGAUUAAUGAUAAUAAAAAAAAAUCACGCACAAUUACAGUUACAUAAUUUAAAUAGAUAUUAAUAGUUUUCUGCAACUUCAGCAAAACUUUAUCUCCAUAAGAUUAUCACAAUCAAUAGAUUAAAUCUAAAACAUCGCAUUUACAAUUUAUUUAAAUGAUAUGUAAAUAAUAAGAUAUUGUGGACAAAUUGGGUUAAACGAAUUCAGUUACAAUAUCGAGAACAUAAAUAUAAAAAAAAAUUUAGAAUUUAACACAGCAUAUAUUAUGAGUAACAAAUAUAAAACCAGUAACAGUUAUAUUGCUGUUCUCGCGUAGAAUUUUUAUUAAAAACAUCUUUUAUCAAAUAUGUAAAUGCAGGAGAUUUCAAAAUUUCCAGCCAAACUCUGAGAUAGUAUUUUAAUGUAAGCGGUAAUUUAAGUUAGAGAUAAUCUGAAUUGUUGUUAACAAAUGUACAUUUACAAUUAAUAUCAUUGAUAACAUAAAGUAGAGUUCGGAAUUAUUAAUAAAUUAUAAAUAUGUCCAUUUUUACAUAAAUAAACUGUGUAAAAUAGUAGAAGCGCAAGAAAGACUUUUCUUAAAUAAUCCCGUAGACCUAAAAAUCCUCUCUAUAUUACUCCAGUACUAUUGUGAAUAAAAAAAAAUAUUUUAUAAACGUGACGUAUUAUGUCAAACUAUCGUCGAAACAUGAAUCGUGAAGGUUGCAUCAGCAGUCAAUAAUAUUCGUCAGCUUACUGUUGAACUCAUGUUUCUCUAAAGCAGUAUUAAGGAACGGUUUUAUCUUUCUGGGUAUCAAAUUUAUGCCAACGAUUCAGAUCGAGAGACUAAGCGAAAGACGGUGAGGAGGAAAGAAGAUAGAAUUGUUGACCGGUCGAAACCUCAAAGUGGCCUCUGCUGAGUCUAAAACCUGUUUCUUCUGUGCGUUAUUUUCAACUGUCUUUCCUAAAAGGUCUACGUCAACGAUAAAAUUUUCGUGUAGAAAAUAUAUACAUUUAAGAAAUAAAAUAGAGUAAUAAUGUACGCGCGAAUAAAGAUCGAAAAACGAAGAAUAAAAAAAUUAUGUGUUCGAUCGUGCUCGAUUAAUUUUAAUCACAUUAAUACGAAUGUGCCCAAAUCUUUCAAGAAUAUUCCAGGGCCGAGAUCAUUGCCCAUCAUUGGCACGCUACAUAAAUAUCUACCUUUCAUAGGUGAAUACAGUUUUACCAAAUUGCAUAUAAAUGGUCUAUUGAAACUAAAGCGUUAUGGUCCUUUGGUGCGGGAGGAAAUAGUACCUGGUGAAUCGGUGGUGUGGGUUUUCCGACCGGAAGAUAUCGCGGAAAUUUUUAAAGCCGAAGCAGGCUUACAUCCUGAGAGGCGAUCGCAUUUGGCUUUAUUUAAGUACAGAAAAGACAGAAGUGAUGUUUAUAAUACCGGCGGGCUCUUACCAACAAAUGGUAUCGACUGGUGGAGAUUGCGCCGGGAAUUUCAGAAGGUUCUUAGUAAACCGCGCAACGUCGUCGAUUACCUGGAGGAUACCGAUCUCGUUGUUCAGGAGUUUAUGCAACUCUGUUCCCGAGAAAAGACCGAUGAUUUUCUGCCGCUGUUCUCGCGUCUUUUUCUUGAAUUAACAUGUCUCGUUGCUUUCGACGUAAGAAUGCGAUGCCUGUCGGAAGAAGAAAAACAUCCAAAUUCCCGAAGUUCAAGACUUAUCAAAGCUGCGUUUAUAACAAACAGCGCGACUUUAAAACUAGACAAUGGCCCGAGAUUAUGGCGAUUUUUCGAAACACCAUUGUACAGAAAAUUGCGUAAAUCGCAGAACUACAUGGAAGAAGUAGCGCUGGAGAUGAUUACUCAAAGAAAUCGUAAUGCUUUGAUAUGUCGGAAAGAAUCUCUUCUCGAGGAAUAUUUCAAAAACGAGUCUUUAGAUGUCAAAGAUAUUGUGGGCAUGGCGUGCGAUAUGUUGCUCGCUGGCAUAGAUACUACGACAUACACCACAUCAUUCGCUUUAUAUCAUCUUGGAAGAAACACAAAUGUUCAAGAAAAAUUAAGGGCGGAGGCUAUGGCUUUGUUAAAAGAUCAUACUUCUCCAAUAACAGCGGAAAUCCUGAGAAACGCCACAUACACAAAGGCUGUAAUAAAGGAAACUUUCCGCAUGAAUCCCAUCUCCGUAGGGAUAGGUCGCAUUCUGCAGAACGACGUAAUUCUCAGCGGAUAUCUCGUUCCCCGAAAAACAGUGGUCGUUACACAAAAUCAAGUGAUUUGCCGACUACCUGAAUAUUUUGAAGAACCAAAUUUGUUUAUACCGGAAAGAUGGCUGCGCGAUAAGUCGGACAGACUUCAAGAAAAGUCUAUAAAUCCAUAUAUCGUGUUGCCAUUUGGACAUGGUCCGCGAUCGUGCAUCGCGAGACGAUUCGCGGAACAAAGCUUACAAGUUGUCUUGCUUCGAAUAUGCCGAAGUCUACAGUUCACAUGGUGCGGAGAGACCCUUGAUUCAAUUUCGUUACUAAUUAACAAACCUGACGCGCCCAUUAAACUAAAGUUUGAAAACCUACAAGAGUAGAAAUUGGAAUUGAAACAAUAUUCUCU